CAAGCAAUCUUAACUCAUAGCAAGUAGAGCAAAGACAGAGCCCAUCCUCACCAUGAUGCUGGCACACUCCUUUCUUCUGCUUCUCCUUCCAGAUGCUGCCUGGUUGUCUUCAGGCUCAGGCGACCUUCCUAAUGAGGAAACGACCUUCAACCAGAGUUUUGCAGAAAAAACAGAGCGUGUUUGCAGUUACAGCGAGGUAUUAGGAUUCCUGAACCUGACAAAAGACAAUAAUCUGUUUAUCAUGAGUCGACCCGUCAAAGACCACAAAAAAGUAACUAAUGUGUUCCUGGAAAUGGUGGUCUAUGCAAUUCUAGAUGUGAGAGAGAUUGAUCAGACUUUUAUUUCAUAUGUCUGGAUUUACAUGGAGUGGGAUAAUGAUUACAUUUCCUGGAAUAAGGAAGAUUUUUGUGGAAUUUCAUCGGUAGCUGUUCCAAUUGAAGCUUUAUGGAAACCAGACCUCACCAUUGAAGAGAUGACAGAGAAGGACAAAGCCCCCCCAAGUCCUUUACUUAAAAUCCAUAAUGAGGGGAAAGUAGAGUUCCGAAACAACCAGGUGAUCAUCAGUACCUGCAAGAUGCAUGCUUACAAAUUCCCCUUUGACCUUCAGAGCUGCAGUCUCACUUUCAAGUCAGUCUUGCACAAUGAUGAGGAGAUGAUGAUUCAAGCGGAUGAAAACAGUACACAUGCAACGCUGUGGUCUCUUGAAAUCAUAAAGACACAGUUUGAAUGGGUUUUUCUCAACAUGUUUGUUUCUCAUAAAGUCGCGGAUUUCUAUGGCUCAAACCAAACCACAAUCAUUUACACUGUCAACAUGAAGAGGAGGUCCAUGCUCUAUUGUUUCAAUUUUUUGGUUCCCAUCAUAUUCCUUAUGAUUCUGGAUAUGGCUUCCUUCCUGAUCCCGGAUGAUGGAGGCGAGAAGCUCAGCUUCAAAGUCACCGUACUGCUCGCUGUGACAGUGAUGCAACUUCUUCUAAAUGAGAUUCUGCCAUCCUCAACGGACAAGAUUCCACUUGUAGUCCUCUUUUGCAUUGGAAUCUUUGGUCUGAUGCUACUCAGCCUCUUGGAGACCAUUUUUGUCAUAUAUCUGAGGAAUAAAGAUUUAACAGCCCAGGACAGUGAAGUUAAUGGAGACAAAAACUCAGACGAGGAGCAAAACAGUGAGAAACCCAAAGCCUACUUAAUCAACGGCCUUAAAGCAGUGAAGAAAUGCUGUCAGCCUGUCUGUGAUAAGUCUUCUGAGGAAAACCCAUGUUCAGCCAAAGAGGAAAACGCCAGUCAGCUGAUGGAGAUGUCCUUUGCAGUGGAGAAAGUCUCAGAUGAGCUUGAGGACAUGAAGAAAACCAUAACUCUGCUAGGUAGCAAGAAUGAUUUGAAAGUAGGAUACUGGACCAGAUUAUCAGUGAAGAUUUCCAAAGGGUUUGGAACUUGUUAUAUUGUAGUAGCCUCUAUAUUUUUACUCGUCAUCUUUUGUGAGUGGAUGUCAUAGGAAUCAGCGCAUGUUCCAAACAGAGCAGUUUGGUCUGGAUGAGACUUCUUUUCCUUGUUCCUUGAUUGGUGUGAAAUUUUUUCUGAUCUGAUGGGUGGACCAUGGAAGUAUAUUUUGAAAAACAAUUAACUCAUUUUUCUUGCAAGUGAACCUUAAAGCAGUCCAAAAUCAGUGUAAUUUGAAAAUGUGAAAAUCAAGAAAACUUUGACAACAUCUGGGGUUAUUGUUUAGGAGCACUAUUUUCACCAAACCACAACUAUAUGAUUUUCCCGAGACUCAAACUCUGCACUGAAAAGACUGCAAAAGGCAAAAAAUGACAAGAAAAUAUGUAAUACUUUUUACCACUCAUCUCCCUUUUUAUUUUGUUUUACUGGAUAUAAAUAUGACCUAAAAGUAUCCAAAACCUAUCACUUUUUUGAUGAUAAACUUAUGAGAAGCAACAUAUAUAUUGGUCAUGCUCUGCCGCCAGUGCCUAAACUGUCAUAAUAUCAUAAUGAACUGAACAGACAUGAUUUGUUUUCCUAAACAUCUACCAUAUUUUCCACAUCAUAGGGGCCACCAGAUUGUAUGGCGCACCGCGCAUGCUUGUCUUGGUGCAUUCUUUCUGACUUUGGUGAGUUUGAGUAUGAUUGGACAGAGUGACAAACGUACAGGUACAAGAGUUGACAAAAAUACUAUUUACCCGUACAAUGAAUUUGGUGGAAGUGAACCACUCAAAACAUUUGCUACAUUGACACUAACUUUUUUUAAACACGCUUCACAUUAGCCACGUUAGAAUCUUUAGCAGCAUAUUCAUAAUACCCGUUAUUCCCAACCUUGUUUGUAACAGACUGAUACCAAUUAAACAAACAUUACUGUGACUACGCUAACUCCCAACCUCAUAACCUUGCUCAAUCAUUCAAACAGUAAUUAGCAUUGUAAAUUACCAUCUAUUUUCCACUAAUUUGUCAUUUUUAAAGCAUGUUUAGCAAUAUGUAACACAUAGGUGUCAACAUAUUGUGAAAUUUUUGUUAAAAUACGUGUAAUGACAUUUUUGUAAGUGGAAAAUGCUAGAAGAGGAGCACAAUAAAGAGAGUCAUUAGGGUUUUUGAGGUUCAAGUUUUCAUGAAUACAUUUAGCUUGGGCAUGUUGGUUGUGGCAUGUGUUUUCCCUGUAUUUGUAUGGCUUUUCUCUUGUUCAGUGUUGUCAGCACAAAUACUUGAACCAAAUUUUUAGUUAGGGACUGUGCAAGCCAAAAAUAAAGCAAGACGCUAAAGAAAAGUCAUUUUACUUUGGGGGACUGUAGAGGAAAAUAACUGUAACAGAACAAUAAAUGGCUACAAAAAUAAAAAAAACUGUGUUAUCAUUGAGGAAUUGUAGAUUCCAUAGAGUUUUUAUUCUUUGUAAUUGGUUUUCAAGAAGCUUUUGUAAGAAAAUUGUCUGGAUUAUAAAAUUAGUGGAUUUAAAAAAGAAUAACACAUUUGUAUAUCAAAGGGAAUUUUUGAAACCAUUAUAUGUUUUGAUUUCAUUUGUAGUAGUAAAUAGACAUUGUUGCAAAUGUACAAUGUUACUGUGAAUUUGGUGUGUGAUACACCAGCAUGUGUUGGAUUACAACAACCUGCAACAUCAGAAUAACAACGUAAGGAAAGAAAGACAGACCAAAGGUACCUUUUACGAGGAGAAACGAACAGCGAUAAUCCUCAGCAACAAUCGCUCUCCACUCUGGCGCAUAUUCUGUCACCUCCUCUUUUAUUAAGUUUGUUGGGUAUUCCCUAAUUUACAUAUGCGCUGAGUUCUAAGGAGGGGAAACAGAUAAAACACAGCUGCAGCGCUAUCAGAAAACAUUAAUUGCAACAUGUCUGUCUUUUCACAGUCUUCCCACGUCAUCCGCAAACGGACCUGCAAAGUCUUUCCUCGGGGGCUCAAAAAAUGAUCAAUCACAAAAAUUAAAU